CUGGUGAUUACCAGCAAGUUGCUUUCUCACACUUCCUCAUUUCAAGAGUUCCCCACUGGAGCGGCAUUGAUCGAGGAUUCUUUUUCCCCUCCCCCACCGUUAUCACGGUCGCUUGCCACGAGACACAAUACACGAUGGCCAUCACUAAAUCUUCCUCAAUCCUCAUUGUUGGCGCCGGUACCUGGGGUUGCUCAACAGCGCUUCACCUGGCUCGCAGAGGUUACACCAACGUGACCGUCCUGGAUCCCUACCCUGUCCCGUCCGCCAUUUCCGCCGGAAACGAUGUCAACAAGGUUAUUUCCUCCGGUCAGUACAGCAACAGAAAGGACGAGAUUGAGGUGAAUGAAAUCCUGGGAGAACAAGCUUUCCAGGGCUGGAAGAACGACCCUCUCUUCCAACCGUACUAUCACGAUGUUGGUCUUCUCAUGUCCGCUUGCACCUCAGCCGGCCUGGACCGCCUUGGUGUCCGAGUGAGGCCUGACGAGGAUCCCAACAUUGUUGAAAUGUCGCAGCCAGAGCAAUUUCGCGACUUGGCUCCUGCUGUGCUCAAGGGUGAUUUCCCUGGAUGGAAGGGAUACUUCCUUCGUUCCGGGGCCGGUUGGGCCCACGCUCGCAACGCUCUGGUUGCUGCUGCAAGGGAAGCACAAAGACUGGGGGUCAAGUUUGUGGCGGGAUCGCCAGCUGGCAGAGUCAUCACUCUGAUUUUCGAGAACAACGACGUCAAGGGUGCCGUAACUGCAGAUGGAAAAAUCUGGCGCGCAGAGCAAACAAUCCUGUGCGCUGGUGCAAAUGCAGGACAGUUCUUAGAUUUCAAGGACCAGCUGCGCCCCACUGCGUGGACGCUCGUACACAUCGCCUUGAAGCCCGAGGAGCGCGUGCUCUACAAGGACAUGCCAGUCAUCUUCAAUAUUGAAAAGGGAUUCUUCUUCGAGCCGGAUGAGGAGCGUGGGGAGAUCAAGAUCUGUGAUGAGCAUCCCGGAUACACAAACAUGGUCCAAUCCCCGGAUGGGAAGUUACAAAGUCUUCCAUUUGAGAAGACACAGGUCCCCUUGGAGUCCGAGAAGAGGGUUCGUGCGCUGCUCAGAGAGACGGUGCCUCAAUUGGCAGACCGCCCGUUUAGCUUCGCAAGAAUCUGUUGGUGUGCGGACACCGCAAACCGCGAGUUCAUCAUCGACCGUCACCCCCAGCAUAAAUCACUCAUUCUGGGGUGCGGUGCUUCUGGCAGAGGCUACAAGUACCUACCAUCGAUCGGAGGUCUGAUCGUCGAUGCCUUGGAGGGCAAGGUCCCUCAGAAGAUCCAUGAGCUCAUCAAAUGGAGCCCGGAGGUUGCUUCGGACAGAAACUGGAACGACACCCUGGGCCGAUUUGGAGGACCCAACAGGGUGAUGGACUUCCACGAGGUCAAGGAAUGGACCAAUGUACAGCAUAGAGACAUUUCCAAGUUGUAAAAAUAAUGACAUAUAAUGAAUAUCCCAAAGCUGCCGGCAUCAAGCGGACGAG